AUUCUUUCCCUCGACGUUUCGUCCCCCCCUCUCCGAAUUAGGGCUUUUCUCUGGUUCUCUUCCACGCUUGGUCUCCAUCCGAGAAAAAGACCAGAGAAAGCCCUCCGAUAUCCGCCAUUAGACCAUCUUCCGAGAUCUCAGCCUUCAACUUUAUUCCCUUCUCCGUCGCCAGUUUGGAUAUGUUCUAUAUUUUAGAUUGAAGAGAAAGGUGUUGGAUCUCGAAGAUUAAGAUGGGAGCGCUGUUGUCGAGGUUUUGGUUCGUGUUGUUCCCUGCGAAGGAGUACAAGAUUGUGGUGGUCGGGUUGGACAAUGCCGGGAAGACGACGACUCUUUACAAAUUACAUCUUGGAGAUGUCGUCAACACGAGUCCUACUAUUGGGAGUAAUGUCGAGGAAGUUGUUUACAAGAAUAUACGGUUUGAGGUUUGGGAUCUUGGCGGACAAGAAAGACUGAGAACCUCUUGGGCAACAUAUUAUCAGGGAACCCAUGCUGUCAUUGUUGUGAUAGAUAGCACUGACCGAGCUCGGAUCUCCAUCAUGAAGGAUGAGCUCUUCAGGCUGCUUCAGCAUGGGGACCUUGAGCACACCGUGGUGCUUGUGUUUGCGAACAAACAGGACCUCAAGGAUGCAAUGUCUCCUGCUGAGAUCACUGAAGCACUCUCCCUCCAUAGCAUCAAGAACCAUGACUGGCACAUCCAAGCCUGUUGUGCUCUUACUGGCGAGGGAUUAUAUGAUGGCCUGGGAUGGAUAGCUCAGAGAGUCACCGGGAAACAAACAACUUGAUUUGGGCUCAGAUGUGCUCGUCUUGUAUUCUAUUUAAUGUGAGCAUGUUGAAGGUUGAGAGAGAAUAGGGUUUCCCCCAUGUCCCAUCCAUGGGCUCAUGUUGCAACCCAAAGUAAUACACAUUGUUCAUAUUCUCAUUAUAUUGGCGGAAAAAUGCAUUUUCUUCCCAUGUUGCAAAUAAAAAUGAUACACCAUCCGAUUGGUCUGAAAAUAAUAACUUACAUAGAGUACAAUUUCCCUGGCACA